ACUGAGAUGUAUAGUGAGCCCUAAAUCACAAAAUUAAGAAUCGGAACUAAACGAACACAGCUCAGCAGCUCCGGCAACAACCAGCGGCUCCGGCAACAUUAACAACAGGAGAGAUGAAACUCAUUCGGGGUUUGUUGAGGUCCGUGAAUGUCGGUUUGCCGAACCAAUUUCAGCUGCCCCAGAUUGUCAGAACUUUUUCUAUGAACCCAACUUCAGGUAGUGAUGAUAGCCAAGGAACAAACUUAUUUGAGUCUCCUGAUGAAUUCGAGCGUCGGAUAUUUGGUGAUGGUUCUGGGAGUGGUUCAAAAUCUAAUGCAUUCUAUCAAAAGCUUGAGAGAAUUGAGAAGGCUCAUGACAGAUCUGGUUUCAGUUCUAAAUUUAAUCUUGGAAAUAGAUCCGUGUUUUCGGAUGGUCUAGAUGACAGUUUUAGCUCAUUGUCAGACGGGAUGGAUGCAAAACUGAAGAAAGAAGCCAGAUAUUUUGAGUUUGAUGAUAAUGAAAUAGAGAAAGAAGAUUAUGCUUUCAGGCCAGAUAAGAAUUUUAGGCGUGGGGAGACCUAUGAUACCAAGGAUCUAGAUCUUACAAAACCUGGUGUACGUAAACCUUUUAAGAGAUAUGAGUUUGAAGUAACAACAGCGGAAGUACUGAGGAAAGCCGAUUUCAGGAACGUCAGAUUCCUUGCCAACUUCCUUACCGAGGCUGGAAUUAUCAUCAAGAGGAGCAAGACUAAAAUUAGUGCCAAAGCACAGAGGAAGGUUGCUAGGGAGAUUAAGACAGCCCGGGCUUUUGGUUUAAUGCCUUUUACCACGAUGGGCACCAAACAUUUUGUUUUCGGAAAGACAAUGGAGGAUCUUGAUGAGGAUUAUGGAUAUGACGUUCACAAUUUUGUUGAUGAAGACAGCCGGGACCCUCUUCGCGACUAGGUGCUGAAGCGCAUAUGUUUUGGCUUUGGGAUAUUGGAUACAAAGGGACACAGUUCCUGAACUAUGCAUGCCCCAAUCUAAGGUUUGGUCUGAAGGUAAGAUAGCAGGCUGUAUGGAAGGCGGUUGGAGAGAAACAGAAUCCUUGUUUUGUUUGGAAUAAAAGGAGAAGGGAGGGAAAGGAGGAGGGACAAUAUUUCCACAGGACCCAAAGGAUUUGGUAUCCGUCCGCAUUUAGUUACUAGUUUUUCUGCUCUACUUUUCUUUUCCAGUAUAAGGCAGUAAUAUCAAUUACAUAUCUAGGGGGGAGUGAGAAGAGAAACUUGAACCCAACCACUGGGCUACCCCUUUAAUAUUUUUUGGUUACUACGUUGAAUAACAAAAUAAAGGCAUGGUUUAAAAGCAUUACUUUACUCCCUUUUCUCCUUUCCACCUGAACAAACAACUUGGAGGAAACUCAGUCCUUGCCCUCAAGAUCGAAUUCCCUUUCGUUUUCCCCUAUCCUAGGUAGCCACCUCAGCUAACACGUAAGACAACUGAGAGCUAGCUAGCAUGGACAACGAAGAAAACAUUCACUGCUGAUUAUGUAAGCCACAUCUCUCCAUAUCCUACCGUAAAAUCUCUCUCCAGGGCCUUCUUCGAGUAUUGCUUUGCAAUAAGGUUACUUGACUUCUCUGGCCUAAUCUUUUCAGAAAUAUCCAUUGUCUCCAUAUUUCUGGAGUUAUGAUCAAGCAAUGGUCCAAUAAUGGAUGUGCACAAAAAGCUUGAACAACAAUAACGGAUUGGUACUAACAUGAAGUUCUACCAAUUUAUGAUAGAAGAGAAGGCGAGGAAGAGGAUCCAUAUAGAAGAUACAACUGCUUCCAAUAAGAUCACAUGCAAAGCUGGAUAUCAUGGAUGUGUUCUUAUGACUUAUUAUAAGUUCCAACUAGUAGACAUGCAUGCAAAAGUCAGAUUUUGUGUAACAACGGAUAAUGUUCAAAAGGUGACUGAAUCUUGAAAAAACAUGGUCCCGCUGGAGAAACCAGAAGGAGAAAUCUGACCUGCAUAUUAAAUGCAACCAUUUGAGCUCCAUGUG